AUGCCCUCACCCCCGGAAAGAUGGGUUGUUUGGAACACCAGCCCCCACCACUACUGCCACGACAAAUCCCUCUUCUUCAACCUCAAUCUGACCACGCCCAUGGACUCCGCCUCCUCCCAACCAGACGACCUGAGUCACCUGACCAAAGAGGACUUUAUCGUCCUCGGCCAAGGCGACGUCGUUAUACCCAUCCCGAACAAACCCGAGUCCAAGGUCAAGUCCAAGUUCAAUUCCCUCCGCUUGAGGGACGUGUUUUAUUACAAGACGGACAAGCCUAGGAACAUUAUAAACCUGACGCUGUUGUGGGACGACUAUCCGAAGUUGAUGCUGGGGAAGAUGAAGCUUGAUGACUUGCAUGGUACGGGGAUCGUGCAUGUUGAUGAUCCCGAGACCGUGAUUUUGGAGGUUGACGAGUUUGAUGAGCUCCGUUGA